UGUCUACUUAGAGGAAUACAAGUACAUGCUGGAGCCAGAAGACUACGAGAACUCUACUCUGGAGGAAAAACGACAAUAUGGACGCUACUUUCAUCAGAUAGAUAUCUCCAAUUGCUAUUAUCUCGACUUUAUCCCAACCUUCCCCCUUUGGACUGGGCCUAGACCUGUCGAUUUCACAGAUGAGGAUUAUGAAGAGAAUUUUGGAACAGAAAUCAUGCGGUGCAUCGAGGUUGCUCUGGGAAAGCAGAAGGAGAAACUGAAAUUUGUUUGCAUAGUGAGGGCCAAUUACUCUUUUGGCUAUGGCUACCUGUAUUGGAUAACUAUGCAUGUUAGGAACGAAGAUACUGGGGAAAUCAAAACUUGCAUAUGUAAAGUCCACCAUGGAAUUCAGGCUGGAGACGAGGAUGAUAUGAUUGUUCAACAUUUCAAGUUUAUCCCUUCAAACCUUACAUAUCCAUCUCAAAGGAGCAUCUUCGAAUGAACAAGAUUCAAGUCUUUUUUAUACUGCUUGGAUUAGCUGUGAGUUCCAAUAGAGUAAUUGUCUUUUCUUUGUUUGGAGUUCCUUUGGCAUGUCUGAUUUACUGUGUUUUUAAGCUCAGGUCAUGCUAUUGGCUACUACUUUUUGCACUUUUAAGUUAUCAGAUUCAUGUUGAGUUGAAAUACAAAUACUUUGUUAUUUUUGAAAAUAUGGAAGUAUUAAUUCAAUUGGUUUUAAAUAUUUUUCUUUACUAGGAUGUGGGUCUAGAUGAAGAUCCAUCUAUUGAUUGGAGAAGAAGAGAAGAGUUGGUUAGCCCAGUUUGCAACCAAAUUACGAGUAAUGUUUGAAUUAUAUGAACUACAUAGUUAAUAGAAAAAGUAAUGUUUAACUAAUUAGGUUUUAUGCAAUUUUUUUAUAAAAGAUAUAUGUUGGCCAUUUCAGUAUCUGCAGAAUAGAGGCUAGGCUUAUGCAACAUUGGUAAAGCUCAUCACGACUAAUUUGUUCUAGUGUCAACGCAUAGCUUAGCUAACUCGGUACAUCAUUACGAGGAUGAUACCAACACAUACAUUACUCGAUCAUAUUUGCAUGCAAAGAGAAUGGGGAUUCUUCUCGAGAAGGAGUGCCCGUUCGUAGGAAAGUGUAAGGUCCCUAAAGAUAGAAAGCAGAAUCAGAUUGUACAUAGGAUUACAGAACUAAUUGGAGUAUGGUCACGGCAUACACGGAGUGUAUGUGUCUAGGGAAUAUUGUUUGUGUGUUUUACUGUAUUAUAUACUUCAUAUAAGACUAAUCGCUUGUUUAAACUUAUUUCAUUAAUAUUUUAACCAUUUAAUUAAUUUAACAGGAGAAACACGCAAUAUAUAUUUCUGACUAAACUUUAAUAAGAAAUGUCAAUGAAGUAGAAAUGCUAAAAAUUGUUCGGAAGUAGCCUGUUGUGGCUGAGAUCGAAAUAACCUCAGAGCUUUGUUCCUUGCAGAAGGAUAAGAUAUACAAAGGACCUAGUGAUAAUUGUUUUGCACUAAGAGCCUAUUAAAUAUAUAGAUUUAUAUCAAAGCAUAUAUUGUAUAAAAUUAAGUAGUAGUACAAUUGAUUUUCUUCAAAUAAACACUUUCAGAAAUGUGCCGAAAUAUUUAUAUCAUUCGCCAAAUGACUAAUAAUUAUACUUAAUUACCUUCUGCAAGGAACAAAGCUCUGGGGUUAUUUCGAUCUCAGCCACAACAAGCUGCUUCCGAACAAUUUUUAGCAAUUCUACUUCAUUGACAUUUCUUGUUAAAGUAUAGUAAGAAAUGUAUAUUGCGUGUUUCUCCAUUUAAAUUAAUUAAAUAGUUAAAAUAUUAAUGAAAUAAGUUAAAGCAAUCGACUAGUCUUAUAUGAAAUAUAUAAUACAGUAAAACACAUAAACAAGAUUUCCUUGACACGUACACUCCGUGUAUGUGAUGACCAAACACUAAUUAGUUCUGUACUACCUGAUUUUGCUUUCUAUCUUUAGGAACCUCACACUUUCCUACGAACGGACACUCCUUCUCGGGAAGAAUCCACAUUCUCUUUGCGUGCAAAUAUGGUCGACUAAUGCAUGUGAUGGUAUCAUACUAUCAUCCUCGUAAUAAUGUACCAAGUUAGCUAAGUUCUACGCUGACACUUGAACAAAUUGGUCGCGAUGAGCUUUACCAAUGUUGCAUGCAGCCUCUAUUCCAGCAUAUAUCUUUUAUAAAAAAAAUCGCAUAAAACCUAAUUAGUUGAACAUUACUUCUUCUUUUAACUAUGGAGUAUAUAAUUCAAACAUUACUUGUAAUUUGGUUGCGAAAUGGGCUAAUCAACUCUUCUCUUCUUCUCCAAUCAAUAACAUGGAUCUUCAUCUGGAUCCACAUCCUAGUAAAGUAAAAUAUUUAAAACUAAUUUCAAUUAAUACUUCCAUAUUUUUAAAAAUAACAAAGUAUUCUGUAUACUCAUCUCAACAUGAAUCUGAGAACUUAAAAAUGCAUAAACUAGUAACCAAGGUUUUUGAAGGGCGAAAACUAGCCUUGAGGUGGUGGAGCAAAAUGCCUUGAAGCGUAAAGCCUUGAGGCGGAACGAUGCGUAAGCCUCAGGUCAAUAUGAAAAAAACAAUACUAAAAUAUGUACACCGAGGUAAAAUGAAAUGCAUAACCCAUUUUCAUGUUAAAUAAAUGAUAAAAUCAUAA